UUCGCGCAGAUCAGCUGGUGGUGGAGCAGGAGGCGCUGUCGAACCGGCUCCUCUCCCAGCUCGCUUGGCACCCGCAGUGGUGUCUGAGUCGGAGGGGCAACUCCGGCUGCUAGUGCUGGCGCCCGCCAGGCUCCUCCUGGCGCAAAACCCACGCGUGGGAUCCGGAGACGCGGCGCCGCGACUUCCCUGCAGGCUGUUGCUCGGAAAGCGUACGCGGGGAUAACCUCCCUCUUGCUUGAAAUUGGAGCUCCAGGGUGGAGGCGGCUGUCGCUCGCGAUGCAACUUCUCAGCGGCUUCCUUCUGGCUCUUGCCCUGCGGAUGGUGGGCGCGCAGAGACGAGACAAGGGUCUUCAGGACAGCUCUACUGAAGUGGCAGUUGUAUCCUUUAAGGACGUUUGGAAUCGCAGCUUCUGCCAGCCCUUGGAAAAACUGGUCAGUAUUAUAUCAGAGUACCCCAGUGAAGUAGAGCAUGUAUUCAGCCCUUCCUGUGUCUCCUUGCGCCGCUGCAGUGGAUGCUGCUCAGAUGAGAGGCUCCAGUGUGUUCCAACAGAGACUGCCAAUGUCACCAUGCAGAUCCUGAAGAUGCAGUCAGAGAAGCAGGUGCAUUAUGUGGAACUGUCCUUCACUGAGGACAGAAAAUGUUUAUGCAGGCCCCGGCAAGGUGCUUUGAAGGCAGCAAGGAGGAGGAGACCCAAGGGACGCAGCAAGAGGAAGCGGGCAAAGCAGAGACCCAAAAAUUGAUCUCUAUGUGUGCUGUUUGAUGAAGGUGGCUGCUUUGUCAGCAAAGGCCACGUCCCAGUGCCUGCAUAUAUUCCAUAGUCCUCUUCAACACUCCUGUAUACAUGAGCCAAUUGCAUUUUUGACGGAUGAAUUCUGGGGGACUCAGCUCACAUGCACUUGCAACUCCUGAGCAAAAUCAAGAGGAUCAAAGACAAUAUAACAGUGGGAAAUACUUCAGGCCAGCAUGAAGGAGAUGCUUAUUAUAAUUGCAUACAAGGAAGUUGCUCUAGGGCCAGGUGAAUGGAACAGUCAGAGGGGAAGCUGCAUAUUGGCUAGGUCCAUUUCCUGCCAACGUAUAGGCAAUAGUUCAUGCUGACAUCUGCAGGAUCAGGGUUAAACAGGAAUAUGAGAAAAGAGCAGUGGGUCCGGUGUGCAAAUUCAACAUUAUGGAGUUUGAAAAACGUAGAACAAACCAGCUAAGGACAGAAGUAAACACUUCCUGCUGAAUUGUCUGGAUGCUAUAGCCUGGCUAGGGAUUGAGGUGCCAGAAAAUAGUCAAUCAAGCCAAGCUUCGCCAGUUGUUGGCUAAGUCAUGUUAUUUUUACCCAUGCUGAUACAUUAGGGAUGCAUUCUAUGCCAAGGACUCAUGUUUCAGAAGAAACCAUGGUUGGCCAACCCCAGUCCAUCUCAGUGAUCUUUUGCCUUGAUGAACUGGAUGAACUAAAGUUCUGCAUAAAGUAGCUUCCUGGAAACUGUGGAAAGAGCUGCUGUGUUCUGAGACAAUGGACCCUGUUCUGAAGGAAGCCCCAGCUAGUUAUGAAUGAGGGGAAACACCAUGCACAGCGCUCAGGUUUAGUGCACAAAUAGAAUUUCUGUUAGUUCUGGUUGUUGCCCAAGAGAGAGCAGUGAAUACCCUCAACCUGUAAGGUUAUGCAUACUAUAAAAGUGCACAGAAGCACUUGACCCAACAGAUUUACAGUAGUAUCCUGUGCUUGGCAAGUCUGUCCCUCUCUGCUGUAUGUUUGUCCAUUGCAUUCACCUUCUGACUAUCAGCUGCAGAGGCUUUUGUCCACGUAACUGGCUCCAGGAUGACUGGGAAGUGCUGUCACAACAUUCGCUAGUGAAUCAUGCUGGUGCAACCUGCUCCUCUUUUCCAUCCACUUUCCCCCAUUUGUGCCUCCUCUACCAGGUUUGCACAUUUUUAAGUUUGCAUAUGUCACCCUGGCACAUUGGGCAGUGGUACCAAUGCAGUCAAAAGCACCCAUUUCAUGGCAGAAAUGCAACAAUACAAGGUCAGUUAGCAACCAUCCAUAUAGGAAAGGGAAAAUAAAGUGUAAUUGCAGGUGGAUUGUACAAUAAUAGUCAAACUCACUAUGAAAAAUUGCAAAGCAAUAUCCAUAAUUUCUGAUGAACUCUGAGAUUAGGACUGGGAAGAAAUCUUGAGGCCGUUGUGGGCAUUUUACAGAGAAUGACUUUCAGCGCAUUGCACCUGCACCAAAGUUCAAACAGGAUAUGAGGGCAUGUCACAAAAAGAGCACAGAAUAACAAAUAUAUAUAUAAUGACAUAGAUAAAUCAAUGCUGAGUAUUUUAUGAAUCCUGGAUUCUUUAUCCUGGAAUAGUGAUGACUCAGCAAUGAACUGAGUGACACAUCGUAUUUAAAUGCUUUUAGUCUGAAGGAAACUAGGAGAGAGUGCCCAGUUUAUGCUUUCAUAUAGCAAAAGAGGGACAAGAUGUGGCUGAAAUGCACAUCUAGUAGGUCUAAAGCAAGGAUGAUGGUGCAGUUAUGCAUGCUGCACAGGUAUUCCAUGGAAUUCUCUGCCAUGGGAUGUUGUUCUUACAUACCAGCAAGUGCUUUCCAAUUUAUGGUGACCCAGUGAAUGAAUGCCCUCCAGAAUGUUCUGUCUUUGAUAGCCCUGCUCAGUCCUUGUAAAUUCAAGACUGUGGCUUCCUUUGUGGAAUCAGUCCACCUCACGUUCGGUUUUCCUCUUCUGCCUUCAACUUUUCCUAGCAUGACUGUCUUCUCCUAUGAGUCUUGCCAUUUCAUAAUGGCCCUGAAUUACAAGAUCCUUGGUUUCAUGUUUUUUGCUUCCAUGGAAAGUUCUGGCUUGAUUUGAUCGAGCACCCAUUAGUUUAUCUUUCUAUCAGUCCAGGGUAUUUGCAAAGCUCUCUUUCCAGCAGCAUGUUUUGAAAAUGAUCUAAACAAAAUGUUCCGUACAAUAUAGGAAAGAUCAAUAGCUAUUAAUCAAGGUAGGACAUGCACCCUCAAGCUCAGGUUGUUCCAGGAUUUACAACUGCUAGAGAUUCCUAAUGAAAACAGGAAAUUGAGUAUUCCCUAAUGUGCUCUGCAUCUGUACACGCUCCGGAUAAUAUCGAGAACUGGCCACUGUUGGAUAUAGAUUUAGGUGGAUCAUUGGUCUGGCCAGUGGAUUUGCUAUUUCUUAUUUCACAAUAAUCAGUUUGCAAUCUGAUAUUGAUCCUGGUCCUGUGGUGAAGUCUUUUUUUCUAUGGGUUGUAGUGGGACGUACAUUCCUGCUUUUCUGUUCAGUGCAAUGCAGCAUGAUUCCAAAUAUGUUCUAAAUAAAACGUGCUGAAAAUCCA